GAUUCAUACCACCGGCCUCAUGCUAGCGCGCUAGUCACGCCUGUAUAUUCAGAGUUGGGCGGUAGGCCGCGGUUAAAGGGAAACUGGUCCCAAAUCAGAUGUUGUGAGAUAUUUCUUAUUUUAAACCAGUGGGUAAAAUAUAGAUUCGAUUUUGAAAAUGGCACUUGGUGAAGCGACACGUUCGCGCGUCACGUAAAACAAUUUGUGUUCUACGCAAAUGACGUAACGUAAUGAAAUGAAACUGCCUGCUAAGUAAUGCUAGUUAACUUAGCUUGGGCAACUUCUGAGGAAUAAAAAGGGGAAAAUCUUUCUUUGCCACCGCGUAAGAAACCAAAGAUGGCUGCCGAGAGGGCUGAGACCUGUUGGAUGUCGUAGAGAAGGGACUGUGUCUUUUAGAUAUGUGUAGAAUUUUAUGAGUUGAAUUUAUGCGGAAAUACGAUUUCAAAGCAGAGGAAUAUCGAGGAAAUGGAAAGAAGACUAGAGGAAAAGCUCCGAAUUAGUCAGAAAGAAAGACUUUCAAGUGGCAGUCCGAGCCGUUCUCUGAUGAGGACAGCGAUCGUAAUCCAGGAUGACUCCCUCCCCGCAGCACCUCCUCCUCAGAUUCGUAUUUUAAAGCGACCCUCCAGUAAUGGAUCUUUAGGAUCGUCUGUGACACAGACUCGACCCUCCCCACAAGUAAAAUCCUUAGCUCAGCGAGAGGCAGAAUACGCAGAGGCCAGGAAGAGAAUCCUUGGCAGUGCUACUCCUGAUGACACGCCACAGGAGAGACCCAAUUCAGACCGAUCCCCACGUGGAAGCAGCCAUACACUUUCGGAGGAAAACAGAACAGGAAACCAUGUGGUUCGACAGCCAGCAGGUCCAGAUGGUACACAAGGCUUUAACCAGCGCAGAUAGGAAUAGCAGCCUUUCCUGGGAGAACGGGAGAGGUGAUAGAGAUAGUGGGUCUCCCAGAACACUGUUGAAAUUCAGAUCAUUUUUAUCAAUAUUUAGGAUGUGGGAUGUUUUUCAAAUAGGUAUAAAACCCUCUCGAAUCCAGCACGGCAUGUGUGGAAUGUAACGGGGGAAAGAAACAUGAUCUCGAGGAGCAGAUGGGGAACGUUCCCCGCUUUUACACUGUGAUGAGGACCUCGCUUCCGGACACUGCUCACUGUGAUGUCCAGCCCUCAAAAUCAAAAUGAAAAUAGAGAGAAAAGAAACCGAACUGCGGAACUAUUGACCCUUCCUGACGUAACUCAGCUGUCACUGACAGCCAGCCUGUCAUGUCAAGCCCUCUGAAGAGACAUUUGAAUCAGAAGAUAACAAGUGCUGGACGUGCUAGAACCGAUAAAAGGAUGGUAUGAGGCACCAGCUUCCUUCAGCAAUAAUUCUAGAAAUAUCAGUAAUUAUUCAGACCUCCCUUCCACACUUUUCUCUGAAGCUUUUGUAUUGCUUGUGUUUGUCUUUUGUUUUAAUUUUGGUUAUUACUGGCUUAGUCUGCUAAUUGCCAUAUGUUUUUAAAUGGGUAAGAAACAGUGAGGGUAUGUUGUGGAAACUCAAGCUGACUUUAAGGUCUUUAUUGUUUACGGUUAUCUCCUUUUUUUCUUCUUCUGUUUUUCUUAUGUUGUUUUACUCAUGGGUCUUCCUCUGACUGUCCUGAUUUCUACAUAAAGUAAAGAGAAUAAAAACAAGAACUAGUAGAGAAUUAAAUGAGUGCAGCAAAUCACAUUUUUAAACCAUUUCUAUGCCUUUUAUAUGAUUUCAAAAGGUUAUUUUCAGACCCGUGCAUUUUAAGUAAAAUCCAACGGAAAGAUGACUUGUGUAAAUAUUUGUUGAGCUGGGAAGAACUGAAGGGAGUGAACCGAGGGGAGGGUGGAGGGUGAUGUAGCUGGCUCCCCUCGCCUCAUUUCUUUAUCAAAUCUGCUGUUGGAUAUUUUGUUUUUCUUUUUUUACUUAUGUAGGAACUCAGGUUGUUGUGAGGAAAUCUGAGCGGAUGGAUGAAGUUGUGUGUCAGAGGAUAAGUUUUUAACUGAAUAAUGGUGCAAUGUAAAAAGCUUACAUGAAGUAUGGCUUCAAGAUCAUUUGAAAAACACCUCUAUGACUGGAUUACAGAAUAUCCUAUAAGAGAUUAUUUAACGUUUAUUAAAACCUAAGAGAACAGAAAAGUGUGUGUUGCACCAGUGGCUUAACAACACAACUUUAAUGGAGUGUUAAGUUGACCUAGUUGCUUUGGCUCUUGCAAUACAGUGUCUAUACAUGAAGAGCCAUGACUGUAACUCUCUGCUUUUUUUUUUUUUAAUUUCCUUCCUAAACCUUCCUCUCCUGUGCUAUCCAUAAGUGAUAUCUCUGCCUCCUGCAGUUUAUGGAAAUACCCUUUAAUCUGAUAUGUCAUUGUUCACUCAUUGUGCUGUAACAAAUCAGGCCAGACAGGUUGGAUGGCCUGCCUGAGAACACAGAAAUCUGCCUGUAAAUACUUUUCAAAAUGCCCAUUUAAUAAAGACUUUUUAAAUAAAAAGA